AUGCUUAUUGCUGAUAGUGAUGGUGUAAUUGAUUAUGUUGAACGUUAUAUUAAUGUUCAUCAACAAAAACAAAAAACAAUUGUUCGUACAAUUGUUGGUAGUUCAUUUUCUGGUGAUCUACGUUCAGAAAAUACGUAUGCUGAAGAUUAUAAUUAUCGAGUUUUAAUGGAUAUUAUUCUUUAUGCUGAAACAAAUAUAACUUUAAUUAUGCGUCAAAUGGGUCAUCUCUAUGAUAAUCUUUAUGAUUUAUUUAAUCAAAAUUUUGCUAUAUCAGCAAGAAAAAAAUAUUGUCGUAUUGCAUUAGGUGCACUUUAUCAUCCACGUUGUCUUGCACAUGAUGAUUUUUAUUGUGUAGUUUUUAUACAUAAACGUGAUUUAGAUCAAUGUGAUCCACCAUUUCUUAAUCGUUUUGAAAAACAUAUUAUCGAUAUUCAAGCAUUAAGGGUGGCACCUCAGGCUAUCAUACCUUGGGCUCAGCUCAAAAUCGAAUUUUGGGUCAAAAAAGAGGGGGGGGUACCCUUAACACCAAAAGGUCUUCAUCUUCGUUCGAUUAUCAUUGAACAUUUGAUGAUAUUAAUUCAAAAACUUCCAUCAUCUGAUAAAACACGUUUUGUUGAUUGGAGAUUUGAUAUUUUAACAAAUGCUAUAACCAUCGCAAGUUCACGUUCCUUUUACGAUGCUUUUCAAGUCACUAUUUCAAUGUUUUAUGAAGCCUAUCUUUCACUUCUUUUGGCACAUCUUGAAAAAUAUCAAUUUUUCGAUGCCUAUAUCUUUCUUGCAAAUAAUCAAGAUGAUAAUAUACAAAAUAAUUUAUCCAAAUUAUGGAUAGAUUCAUUGAAAACAUCAUUAGAAACUAUUAAUGUAACACUAAUGAAUCUUGAUGUUAUUGAUAUUUCAUUUAUCUUUGGUCUUCAAUUACCUUAUGAAUAUGAUUCUCGUCUUGAUCAAAUGCAUACAUCAAAUAUUUAUAACGAUAAAUUUCUACAAAUUAUUUUCAAUGAUCAAAUAUGGUUUCAAUUAUAUUUUCAUGAUCAAAUUGCAAUGCAUUUAGCUGAAGUUAAAAUUCAACUUUCAACUGAUUUUGUUUUUGAUUUAUUAACAAAUAAUCCAACACGAAUAAUUAAACAAUAUAAACGAUUAUUUCUUGUUGAACAUAUUGAACUAACAGAAAUUCUUCGUUUAUUUGAAACUAGUUUACAAUUAAUUAAUGAAGAACAAAUUCGCAAUAUAAUUAAAAAACAAUGGGUGGAAAUUCCACCUAGUAUGAUACAAUCUUCCGAAUUCUAUACACUUGUCUUAGUCAAUAGUGAACAAUUCUAUCUAUUACCACCGAAAACUACAACACUUAAAAAACAACCAAUAUUCGAAUGUAAAGGUGAUCCUAUGAUUGAAACAAGUCUUAUGAAUUUAAUCGAACUCAUUCUUUCACCAUCUGUUAUUCAACAAGUAAAAAAUAUUCAACAAGUAACAACAACUUAUAGUUUAAUUGCACAAGGUAUUCGUGAUCUAGAUUCAUAUAUGGUUAAUAAUCUAGAGAAACUUCGUUCAUUUCUUAGUUUUGUUCGUUGUCUCACUACAUUACUUCCUCAUAGAGCUCUUGAAGUUCUCAAAGAUGUUUCUAAAAGUGGUUUCGAUGCCAAAUUUCAUUUAUGUUCAAGUAUCCAUUAUUUUAUUACACAAUUACAAGAACGUAUCAAAUCAGAACAAUCAACUGUCGAUGAAAAUAUUAUUCAUCGAGCAUUAGUUAAACUUGAACUUGACUUUUUAAAAGAUUGGUUAGCUGAUAAUGAAGAUUCCUAUGGUGAAAUUUUAACACUUAUGAAUGAUGAAAAUAAUGAUCUUUGGUUUUAUUCAGCAAAAAUUUUUACAAUUAUUGAUAAUAAACUCGAGUUAACAUCAACAUUAAAAAAAAAUCAUGGUAAUCUAUCAUCCAAUGAUGAAUAUCAACAUUUGAAUCAAUCUCUUGAAAUAUCAAAUACAUCUACACGUAAAAUUCAACGAUUAAUGGUCAAUCGUCUUCAUAUGCAUUUGAUGUUAAGUGUUCAAGGAGAUAAAAUCGAUCAACAACUUACUAAUGAAUAUCCACAUUUUGUUGAAAAUGUUCAUACAAUUCAAAGUAAUAAAAAAUUAGAUGUUGGUCAAAUGAUUUCAUUAGUUGCAUGGUUAAAAUAUUAUGCACAAAUGUAUGCAUUUGCUUUAAAUAAUGAUAGUCGAGAAGAUAUCUUAUCUGAUCUUAAUAAAUUUCUAACUAAUACAGAUACACCAUUUUGUUCAACACUUAAACUUUUUAUUGUCAAACAAAUUCUACAAAUAUGCAAACUUAAACUUGAAGAUUUACGUGACAUUUAUGUAAAUCGUAAUCUUCUUUGGAUAAAACCAUUUUUUCAACGUUCACGUGAUCAACAAACAACAAAUGUGCGUCAAACUAUUAUUCCUCCUAUGCCUCUUUUUCAAUGUCGACCACAAUUCUUACGAAUUCGACAAGUAUUCAAUAAUACAGAUAGAAAUAAUCAAUUACGAAAAAUAAUUCAAGAAUGUAAUCAUACACAAGAAUUAUCCUAUGCAUUUCUAUGUUGGUUUAUUGAAUAUUAUUCUCGUUUUACUCAACCAAAUACAGAAAUAGAUGCUGACUUUAUUCGAAUUAUUCAACAUGAUUUUGGUCAAGAUUUAAUUAAAUCAUUUACAUCAUUCGGUCAUCGAUUUCUUAUUGAUCUAUGUUCGAAUUUUUCAGAAAAAUCUUAUUUUCGACUUCAUUCGACAAUGUUACCUGAUGAUAUUCAUAAACGUUUACUUGCUUUAAAUAUUGUUGCUGUCUUUAUUUCGUUUAAAGCACAAUCAGAAAUUACACUUCUUGGUAAUAUUCUUUUCGAUAAUCAACGACAAAUGCCAAAUAGUUACGUUCAACAUCUCUCGACAAUCUGCUUGCCAGGUUUGACGAUCAGCAAUAUCAUUAUCAGUCAAAUGAUAUAUGUUCGCACUCGAGUUCAAGAACGUCUCGAUCAACGUAUAUAUGAAAAGUUUAAAGUCGAUUAUGGAAAAUUCAUUUACCAAUGCUCAAAAGAAUGUCCAUGGAUGUUCUAUUUUGAAGACUGUGGUGCUCCAACAACUAAAAGCAUAUGCUCUUUAUGUCAGAAAGAAAUUGGUGCUAAGGGAUAUAAUGAUCUUAUUGUACGUGAUCCUCCUCAACUUCGAAUACCGAAUCCUGAUGCUUUUCAAAAAAUUGAUAAAUAUAUUAAUCAAGAAAAUCAAACAAUUCGUUUCGGAUAUCAUGAUGUCAAGAAUAUAAAUGAGAGUAGUUUAGGUGACAAACCUGAUCAUUUAAAUCGACCAGUUUCAUUUCGCUUUAUUCAUUUUCUUACUCAUGGUCUUCUUCAAUUUUUGCAUGAUCGAAAUUAUUUAACUGAUGAUGAUUUGAAGAUACGUCUCAAAAUACCAACAAAUACACAUUUUCGUGAUCAUUUCGAAAAUGAUUAUGAUCUUCUCUGUCAAACAUCAAUUGAUCCUCAACAAUGUUAUAUAUGGCUUUAUAAACUUCUCAAUCAUCUUGUUGAUGAUGAAUUUACUAAAAAAACAGUCGACAAUGAAAUAACUGAAUAUAAAAAAGCUCAUGCUGAAUUCAUACAAAAACAACAAUCAUUAGAAAGUUUUAUUGAUGAACUUUUCGAAAAUGAAGAACAUUAUCCACUAUUGAAUUUUUUUAAUAUUACUACGUUUCAUACAUCGAAUCCGUUAGAUGAAUUUAUUUUGAAAAUACAAAAUUUACCUUUUGCCGAAAAGACUUAUCCUGUUAGUACAUAUCUUCUAAAACGUUUAGAUGAUUAUACAAAUAUUCAACAUUUGUAUCCCAUUAUUACCUUCAGUAAUUAUUUAAUUGAAAAAUUAAAUCAUCGAAUUAAACGAAUCGAUGCUGUACAAACAAAAAUGAUUUACUAUUUGACACAAGAUGCUGAUCAAGAUAUAACUAAAAAAUUGUUUGAAGAUUUUCUCGAUGCUUGGUAUGCAUUAACUUUGAAAGAAGUUCGUUACGGAUGUCAAACACCAAAAUUUGAACAUGUUGUUUCCAAAGAGAAAUUUGCCGAGAAUACAAGUAUUGCAAUGUUAUUAUUGACUUCAUCAAGAGAUGAUCGUAUUCUUCUACCAGCAUGUUUAAAAACAAUAGCUGAAUUACAAAAUGAAAUUGUCAAUUAUUUUCGUAAUACAAUUGAAACCACUAUUGAAACAACAACAACAAAAACUAAACAAAAAAGUGUCCCAUUACAAUCAAUUCGACCCUGUUAG